AUGGCCUUCCAAGGAGCCUCUUCCUCUUAUUCAUCCACCCAUCGAUGGAAUUAUGAUGUAUUCUUGAGUUUUAGAGGUGAAGAUACUCGUGACAAUUUUACUGCCCAUCUACAUCAAGCUUUGCUUCAAAAGGGAAUCAACACUUUCAUAGAUGCUGAUCAGCUUAGAAGCGGAGAGGAAAUUUCUCCAGCACUUCUCGAAGCUAUUGAAAAAUCAAGAAUUUCAAUCAUUGUAUUCUCUCAAACCUACGCAUCAUCCAAAUGGUGCUUGGACGAGCUUCUGAAGAUCCUUGAAUGUAAAGAAACAAAUGGACAAAUGGUUAUGCCAUUGUUUUACAAGUUGGACCCAUCAGAUGUCCGACAUCAAAAGAACAGUUUUGAAGAAGCAUUGGCUAAACAUGAAGAAAGGUUCAAAAAUGACAUCAAAGUGCAGAAGUGGAAGACGGCCCUAACAGAAGUCGCCAAUUUGUCUGGGUGGCCCUUAGGGAAUGGGAAUGAAGCUAAAUUUAUUGACAAAAUCGUUCAGACUGUAUCAAGAAUCGUAAAUCACAUAGACUUACACGUUGCCAAGUAUCCAGUUGGAAUAGAUUCUCGUGUACAUAAGGUUAAUUCACUCUUAAGUAUUGAUAAGAAUGAUAGACGCAUGGUUGGGAUCUUAGGACCGGGUGGAAUUGGUAAGACAACUAUUGCUAAAGCUAUCUACAACUCGAUUGCUUUUCAGUUUGAAGGUAGUUGUUUUCUUGCAAGCGUUAGAGAAACUUCUAAGCAAUAUUCCGAUAUGGUCGAACUACAAAAUACUCUUCUUUCGAAAAUCCUAAGAGAUACUGUAAAGGUUGAUAGUGUUGAUCACGGAAUUUCUAUGAUAAAGGAAAGGCUUUGCUCUAAAAGGGUACUCAUUGUUCUUGAUGACGUGGAUAAUCAAUUGUUCCAAUUAGAUAAAUUGGUUGGAGAAGUUGAUUGGUUUGGUUUAGGAAGUAGGAUCAUCAUAACGACAAGAGACAACAAAGUAUUGACUAAUCACGGAGUAGUUGAUGAUCGAAUAUAUAAAGUGAAGGAAUUAGACUACAAUGAAGCUCUUGGGCUCCUUUGUUGGAAUGCUUUCAAAGGAAAAAAACCUACCGAUGAUUUUCUAAAACUGAUGAAACAUGCAAUAAGUUAUGCUGAGGGCCUUCCACUAGCGAUAGAAGUGCUAGGUUCAAAUCUGCAUGGUAAAUGGCUUUGGCGCUAUGGGCUUAAGAGAGAGGCUUGGUGGAGAGUGGUGGUGGACUCUAAAUAUGGAAGUUCAUGGGGAGGAUGGUGUUCUAGUGAGCCUAUUGGGGCAUAUGAGUUGUGUUUAUGGAAGAAUAUUAGGAGAGGUUGGAAGUUGUGUUUAUGGAAGAAUAUUAGGAGAGGUUGGAAGUUGUGUUUAUGGAAGAAUAUGGCCCUUAAGGAUACAUUUCCAGUUUUAUUAGGUAUUUCUAGUGCAAAGGAUGCCCUUGUUGCGGCUCAUGUAAAAUUUUCUGAAGGUUUCAUUCAGUGGAACAUGAGCUUUGCUAGAGCGGCUUAG